GAGAGAGCGAGAGAGAGAGAGAGAGAGAGAGAGAAAGAGAGAGUUUCCGCAAAGAGUGACAACGCGAAGAAGGAAGCCUGUUGCCCCAGGAGAGUCCGUACGGCCUCACCACGCGGUCCGACGAGUGGAGCGGUCUCCUGCCCAGCUCCACGAUCGUGGGUGCUGGGGGGUCGCCAUGGCUCGGACUCGGCGCAGGGGGUGGUACCGGGGCCACCACGGGGGGCGGAAGUCCCGUCGAGCUCGAAGGACACUGGGGUCGCAAGCUGUACGGCGCGAGUGUGGCACCGCCACCCCCGCCGCCGCAUCAUCAUCCGCGGGCACCGUUAGUUUUCGCGCCUCAGGACAUGAGGCAGAUACUCAAGGAGGAACCGGUGCCACGUGCUUGGCCGCAGCCCGCCCUCGCCGACAACGGAACGGUCGGCGUGGGCCGGGCGCAUUUCGAGAAGCAACCGCCGAGUAAUCUGAGGAAGAGCAAUUUUUUCCAUUUCGUAAUCGCCCUUUACGAUCGACACGGCCAACCGAUCGAGAUCGAGAGGACGUCGUUCAUGGGCUUCGUCGAGAAAGAUCAGGAAUCCGAGGGCCAAAAGACGAACAACGGUAUCCAGUACAGCCUGCACUUGCUCUACUCCAACGGUGUCAGACAGGUGCAGGAUAUCUAUGUUAGGCUCAUCGACUCCGCGACGAAACAAGCGAUCAUGUACGAGGGGCAGGACAAGAAUCCGGAGAUGUGCCGUGUCCUGUUGACGCACGAGGUCAUGUGCAGUCGAUGCUGCGACAAGAAGAGCUGCGGCAACAGAAACGAAACGCCCAGCGAUCCUGUGAUCAUCGACCGAUUCUUCCUCAAGUUCUUUCUCAAGUGCAACCAGAACUGCCUCAAAAACGCGGGCAACCCACGCGACAUGAGACGCUUUCAGGUGGUCAUUUCCACGCAAGUGGGAGUGGAGGGGCCAUUGCUGGCGGUCUCGGACAAUAUGUUUGUUCACAACAACAGCAAGCACGGGCGCAGGGCGAAACGCUUGGACCCCAGCGAUCCCGGCGAGUACAACAGUUUAUAUCCGCCGAUACCGCUUCAAACGCCGUGCAUAAAGGCGAUAUCGCCUAAUGAGGGCUGGACGGCGGGUGGCUCCACCGUCAUAAUCAUCGGCGAAAACUUCUUCGACGGGCUGCAAGUUGUUUUUGGGACGAUGCUAGUGUGGAGUGAGCUAAUCACCCCGAACGCGAUCAGGGUGCAAACGCCGCCGCGACAGAUACCCGGUGUCGUUGAGGUGACGUUAUCGUACAAGAGCAAGCAGUUCUGUAAAGGAGCCCCCGGCAGAUUCGUCUACGUCUCGUUAAACGAGCCGACGAUCGACUACGGCUUCCAGAGGCUACAGAAGCUCAUCCCGCGGCAUCCGGGCGACCCCGAGAAGCUGCCGAAGGAGAUCAUACUGAAGAGGGCGGCGGACCUAGCGGAGGCCCUUUACAGUAUGCCCAGGAGCGGUAACACGGGGAUCACCGGUGCACCGAGGAGUCCGGGCUCGGUGCACGCACCCGCACCACCCACCUCCAGUUCGGCGACCGCCUUCAACUCGUACACGGGGCAAUUGGCGGUGACGGUGCAGGAGAACGGUAGCGCGGCCAAAUGGACGGACGACGGUAGUUCCGUGACAACAGGAGCCGGUGCCGGCGGCGGGGGCGGCGGCGGCGGCGGCGGCGGUGGUGGCGGUGGCGGUGGCGGCGGAGGCGGAGGCGGCGGCAGCGGCGGAAGCGUCGGCGGUAACGCCGACGCCUACAGACAAAGCAGUAGUGCAAGUCCACGUGGCGUCGUAACCGGCGGUGGUUACUGCGGUAGUUCGGCCAGCACGCCCCACAGUCACAGUACUAACGGAAGUUACUCCGUCGCCAAUCCGUACACCGGCAGCCCGACCCUCUACACCUCGCGACUAGGAGAGGUGGUCGGUUCGCCCUUCAACAUGAACCCAUUUAUGUUGCCCACCUGCAGCCAGGGGUACUCGGCCGCCGCCAGUCCGCUGCUUUCGUCGAACGGCAAAUAGUGCUACGAGAUGUAAGCUCCGACGGAGGCAUCGCAAGGCACGGCCCUCGCGGGGACAGCGUGCGAAACUGCGACGAACUGGCGAACGUCGUUCGCCGACGCGACGCCGCACCCCCGUGAACUCGACGCGACCACGUCGAGCCGCUGCUCGCGCCGCGACCUCGCGUCUCCUCUGUUCUUCCUCGACUCCACCAUGGCCUCGCGAAGAGGCGGUGGAGGAGGAAGAGGAGAGGCCGGGGAGGAAGUGUAGGGCCGUCUGUAUCCGCGUGCGUGUUACUCUCGUCGGAGUGAAAGCGUCUGCGAGUUCGCAAGGCACAUCAGGUAAACCAGUGCAAAAAUAUCCACGACAGCUGUCUCGCACCGAUCACCCGUUGAUCGUGCCUAGUUAAGGAACGUUACAUAUCGAACAACGAGAAGGUGUCUUUCGCAUCUGUGAGCGUUAUUAGCAGGCUCGGUCGAGCUCGGACGUGGCUCGCACGAUUGUUGUAGCGAAUGUACAACACUCGGGAAACGAUCGUUUUUCUUCUGCCUUAUUCUUUCUUUCGCAUUUUCAAUAUUAAUUUUGUGGCUUGUGUUGAACAUCGACUUGAGUCAAUUGGAUAUGUAUUUAAUUUCUGCGUAAUUUCUGAGGAUAAACGGUGUAGAGGCCGCUCGUGCGAAACGCAGAAACGGAGGAACGAGGACGUGUAUAAAUCAGCGGUAGAGAGAGAAAAACUGCCGGUGCGCGUGUAACCGGAAAGUUCCGAUCGUUUAUUUUGAUCACUUUCGACCUAAAUACAGGAGUAACGUGUACGAGUUAAUAAUCACAAAUUAACGUUAAAUUUAGAUGUAUCCUCCGCAAGGAAAAAGAGAACGAUGUGCUAAAUAAAGAGACAUGGUAACUCUUGUAGAAGCUGGAGGUCAAACAGAUAUAAAUAUGAUUAAUACAGAGAGAGAGAGAGAGAGAGAGAGAGAGAGAGAGAAAUAUAUUCAAAGUUAUCUGUAGUCUCUCGGGAUGACAUUAUAUACCAUUUGCGUUUGGCUGAAGCGGCCUCUGCAUUGCUCACUUUCAGAUCCUAACGAUCGAGUCCUUCUCUGUUUAAUAUCCUUGUGUAAAUUUGUACAAAUGGUGAUAUAUGUAGUUACCUCAGAUCUCGCUCUAAAUUAUUUCAUUCCGCCGCAACGUUCAACGCCGCUAAUUGUUAUCGUCUACCGACGAAAAGGUCAACUCUCUCUCGGAAAUGUCAGUCGACGAGAGACAUCUUUCGUCGAUAGAUCACAACGCCGCUACGACGAUGCGUCUUCUGUGUUCAAUGUCUCUCACACUGUGGAAUAUUUUACAUCAGGGUGAAAGAAAGAAAAUGCGUUUCCCGCGAGUCGCGUACUCGAGAGCCGCGAAUCGAGUGAGGAAAGCCGAAAGAAAGGGCGUCACAUAUUUUAUAUAAUUCGAAUGAGGAGAGAGGAGGUUGGCGAGGAUCGAAAGGAACCGACACCACACUCGACGGACAUAUCGCUUAUCAAUGAAUAACAGAUACCAUAGUUUUAGAGAGCAUUUUCGACUUCGAAAUUUUAACUUCCUACUCCCCCCUCCCCCGUGUACGAUUAAGGGACUAACCGAUAUCGCCUAGUUAGCGUACCGUGUAAUUUGUAAUCUGUAAAAUACCUGUAAAUAUUGUUGCGAUGUACAAAGUGUGAAAGAAAGAGACAAAGAGUAGGCGGAGGAGAAAGAAGGCGCGAAGGACAAAAAAUUAUUUCCCAGAAUCCAACGAAGUGACAUUAACAGUCGUUCUAAAGAGAGUGAGUGAGAAAGAGAGAGAGAGAGAGAGAGAGAGAGAGAGAGAGAGAGAGAGAGAGAGAGAGAGAGAGAGAGAGAGAGAGAGAGAAUGAGUAUGAAAGAUUAUACAUAGGUGUAAAUAAAGCGUAGAGCGUCCGUAGCGCACAUCCGCACAUAUAUCACUGUAUACUCUCGGCGCCAUCCAAUUUUUUAACGUAAUAUCCCGAUCGCGAAUUCACGUAUCGCUUACGCGUCCGUCUCGUGGACACGCGCGUAACGCGAAUUGAAUUCAUCGCAAUCCGUUCCACUCCUCGCUCUGAAGCCAAAACAAAAACGGAAGGAAAAAGGAAAAAGAGCCAGGACGAAUGACGAGUAGCGGUAUCUCGCCGGUGACGAGAUCGCGCCGAAACGAAACACGUUAAAAAGUUGGAUCGAACGCUACCUGUAUAAAACGUAUAUAGUUGAUUUGGAUCGUUUGAUAAGCCGGCCCGAAACAAAAUGAAAAAUCUCACACAACUCACGAAAGUAUACGAAGCAUGUACCAGAAUCGAGAGAUUUCCCCUGAUCCUCCCUCUCUCCUCCCCUCCCGUUCCCAGGCCCGAUUAGUCUGAAAAAUUUUGCAGCAGCAGCAGCAACAGCAACAGCGGCGGCAGCAACCGUUUACGAGCGUAGAUCGUAUCGUUUUGUCGAGAAUGAAGAAAAUGAGUCGUUAUAAGAAGAAAAAGGAAAAAAGACGUUAUUAUUAUAAAGAGUUCCUUUUUGCAUAUCGACUUGGUAUGUAACUUUCUUCUAGGAAGUGCAUUCUUCGUCCCGGAGCCGAGCGCUCUGUGAUCUUGUGAUGUUGAUUAUAUAAUAUAUAUAUAUAUAAAUAUAUAUUGAUUGUAACCUUGGUUCAAUCACGUCACGUCAUCAUCUUUUACGAGACGCGUUGUUCUUCUACGCACGCGACAACACACACAAACACACUACCGCGCGUAUGAACACUCUCUC